AUACUAUAGUUAUCAAGAUUAAAGGCGCCACAACAUCGGGUGGAUCUACUGCUACUAUUGCUUCCUACAUCGUGGUCAACUCGGUUAAUUGUGGUUCCACUGUGGUUAUACGUCCGAAAACGACACGAACGCGGCGCGUAGAUUUUCGAUGUGCGAUGAACGUAGGUAGACGCGGCGAGUCGUGUCACAUCUCAUCGCAUCCCGUCUCGUCGUGAACACUGUGAAGUCGUGAUUUGUUCUGUCGGAACCAAAGCUGCGCUCGAUCGUGAAACAAUUAACUCGUGAGGACUUCGAUCCUCCAGGAGAACGUGAUAUAAGGUGAAAGAUUGCUUAUAUCUCGCGGGAAGACAUGCCGGACAGCGGAGCUGUUUACCAGCCGACCACCGUCGGCUAUAUGUACGACAGCGGCGGUGACGGCAGCGGAGGUGGUGACGGCGGCGCCGGGCUGAGGCAUGGCUUCUGGCGAGUUAUGUCCAGGCACAAACUCAGCUCCAGGAAAUGGUUGGAAUGGACGCUGCUGUCGGUCGCGUUAUGCUUCUUCGUUGCCGGCCUCACGACGAUGAUGGUCAGCCUAGUCUCCGUGGACUACUCUCCGAGGACCAGUGACGAAACCGUGCCAGAGGUAAAAUCAGAAGAAUCUUCGACAUCAGUUCCAGAUGUACAGCAACAUGUUGAAAAUGCAGGAAAAGGUUCCGUGGCAUUAGGCGCUGGGGUAAUGCUGGUUGGUGUAUUACUUGGCUUUGUUUGGGUAUGGCUCAGUUUCUUCUAUCAUAGCAAAUCGCCAAGGAAUGGCAUGACAGGUAGCAGUGGUCAGAUGUUGGGCGGUUUGAAUCCAUCGACUGACUUGCUGGUGGGUUCCACUUCGCAGUACGGGCCAGUACUCACAGAGGUGCCAAGCCAGUUGAAGAUAAAGCAAGUUAACUCGCACGAUACUCCAGCUAUCCCACUUUCCGAUCAAGAGGAGGAAAUGCACACGCUAAUGCAGGACUUGGCGACCCCGCCAUCGGUUUCCGUUGGAUCUAACACCAAUGCUAAUCAAAUCUCAGGUUGAAUAAAAUCAAUCGUCCUCACAUGCAUACAAGCACAUACAACAUGGACUAGAAUUUGAUUUUAUAAGUUUUUUAACUUGCCCCAAAAGAUUUAACUUUUAAUUUUAAUUAUGUUUUAUUUGAAAAGAACUAUUAUUUGAUUUUCAAGUCACGGCACUUAAAUUAUCAUUGACAUCGAUCUUGUGAUUCAGAAAUUUAAUUUUAUUUAAAAAAUUAGAAUAUUUUUAAUAAUUUAUUUGAUUUAUAGCACAGAAAUUUUUAUUUAGAUAAGUGAUAAAUGCGAUUUGAUAGAUCUCCUUUAUAAGUAUAUUUAGUAUUACUACUUAUUUCUUUAUUUCUACAUUUCUCCAUUCCGUCCACUAUCAUUAAUACAUUAAGUAUGCAUUGGAUCCAGAUAAAAAAAACAGAAUGCUUUAUGACAAUGCAUCUCGUAAGUUUGAUAACAAUCUUUAUGUAUACUGGAAUAUUUCCAUUUUAAUAGAGAAACAGCUGUAUGUCUUCUAAACUUGACGUUGUGCAAAAAAAUACCUCACAUAAAAUUUUUGGGUUUUAAGAAGGAUGCAUGAUAAUAUUAUUGGUUUAACAUUGAUUAAUUGUUUGAAAGUUAAAUUUCUUAAAAUGGCUUAAAAUUUUUUGCAAUAAAAUAUACUCUAUAAGAGAUUUUUAUUCAAUAUUAUUAAAUUGAUUAUCUAAUUGUAGGGAUAUAUAUAAAGUCGAUCAUUUUAAUGUUUCUACCUAAAUAUAAUUUUUCUUUUGCUCAAAAUAGAUGAUAUUGCAUUUAUGAUAAUACAAUAAUACAUUUUUAUACCACUGAAGAUGACUCAAACUCGAGUCAAAAUGUUUAAUUUUUUUUUAUUAAUAAACAUAAUUAAGAUUAAACAUAUAAUUGUGCACUGUUUACAGCGUUGAUUCUCAUUAGCCAUAUUAUUGUCUAUUUUUUUUCUUUUGCUUUUUAUAAAAAAUGUUUUAGACAAAAGUUGUAGAGUUUUGAAACUACAUGAUUAUGAUAUUGAUUUAUUAAGAAAUUUUAAGAUCAUGCAAUCUUCGAUCGACUAUCUAAUAUCAAACUGAUGAUAAACUGUUGUUGUCACUAUUAACUGUUAUCUAUUUUCCUUGAAAUCUUAAAAUUUUUAUCUGAGACUUCUUCGGACUAUAUAAAGUUAAGAUUUAGCUCCUGCUCAUAGGGCGCUACAUGUAACUUGAAAAAAA